GCUUUUAGCCGGUGCCACGGAUUCAAGGGUAUCCCAUUGUGAUUGGGAUAUGCAAGGCGUGCGGGGAAAAUGCCUGGCCCUCAGACUUGAAACGCGAGCGCAAGCGGUCAAGCCCGCCUUACCGCAUCGGCUGUGCUGGACGGCGGGGCGCCUCUUGUCAAAGAAGAUCGACAUGGUCGCAACGAGAAGCAAGAUACCAAUACAGAUAUGUGUACGUUAUUAUGUACUCUGGCUGGCAGAGGUCCAAGUCAGCAGCCGGCUGACGCCAGGGAUCUGCCUACGUAUGUAUUUGUGUACAUGUGUAGUAUGUAUGUAUGUGAGCAUGUACUAUCUCCCAGGCCCCGCAGUCAGCCUACUACUACAUACUACUACUACUACUCGUGCACGACAUCUCUUCCCGUUGGAGGGCGGCAUGCAUUUGCAUCCGUGACUGAAGCGACGGGUGCCCCGCCUGGGCCUUGAGUGUGUGGAGGUUGCACUGCCCCUCAUUGCGCGGAUUGUAUGGGCGGUCCGGC